GCUUAGAUGCUCCUGAAAAAGAGGGAUGUUCUGUGGUCGCAACCUAUCCAGAGAACAUCCUAACCUAAGUCUUGUUCCAUGAUCCUAACCUGUUUUUCUCUGGUUAUUUAUGUGUGUUGGUUUGAAAUCCAUGUGUUUCAAAUAAUGCAAAGUCCUGUUUGGUAGUGAAGCGACAGUCAUGGCACCCAGCAGCAAAAUCUUCUUGCCCUCUCGCAGCUUGGGCUAUGUGAGCAAUCACUUACCAUUGCGAGUGAGAUACAUAAAAGCCCGAAAAGAACAUCUUAUAGUCACUUGUGUGGGCAAAUCUUUUCAUACUUAUGGAAUUACGCACUUCGGGCUGCUUAGCGUGAGUGGUUUACAUUCGAAAGACAUUACCUGUAUGACUACAGACGCGUUCCAUGUUUAUACGGCAUCUGGAAACACCAUUUAUGCUUGGAGGCGAGGCACUGAACUUAAACACACUUAUAGAGGCCAUGAGCAUCCCAUUGUCUUGAUGCUCGCAUUUGGUGUGCAUCUAAUCUCCAUAGACGAGAGCAGCCACUUGAAGGUCUGGGACAUAAAGGGCGAGUCCCUCUUUCUAGAACUAACGUUUGAUAGAAACGUUUUUCCUGUUAGCGUUCUGAUGCAUCCCAGCACGUACUUGAACAAGAUACUGCUGGGCAGUGCAAAGGGCACAAUGCAGCUGUGGAACCUGAAUCAAGCUAAACUGAUUUACAGCUUUGAAGGCUGGGAUGCGGGAAUCAGUUGUAUAGAGCAAGCGCCUGCAUUAGACGUAGUGGGAGUAGGGCUUGUGAAUGGCAGGAUUAUUAUUCACAAUUUGAAAUUUGAUGAAACCAUAAUGGAGUUCCAACAGGAUUGGGGCAUGGUAACCAGCCUUUCGUUUAGAUCUGAUGGGCAUCCCAUCAUGGCAUCCGGAGGCAUUUCUGGUCAUAUAGUGUUUUGGGAUUUGGAGGCGAGAAGGGUGAGCAGCCAGCUUCCCUCUGCUCAUGAUGGUGCAGUGAGUGGCAUGGUGUGUUUGCCCAAUGAGCCGCUAAUGUUGACCUCCUCACCUGAUAACACGCUGAAGCUGUGGAUUUUCGACAUGACCGAUGGUGGCGCUAGACUGUUGAGAAUACGAGAAGGACAUUCUGCUUCCCCUAACCACAUUAGAUUUCAUGGUGCUAAUGGAAGCAACAUCCUGAGCGCGGCAAGUGAUUCGUCGUUGCGAAUCUUCAACACCCGAAGCGAACAGUUUAACAAAAGCCUGGGCAAAGCCUCGUAUAAUCGAAAAAGCAGCAAAAAGCGCAAGCGAGGAAUAGAGGAUCCUUUGAAAAUGCCCCCAAUAGUCAAAUUUACAUCUGAAACAACGCGCGAGAAAGAAUGGGACAACAUUGCCGCCCUUCAUUUAGGUUUACCGAUGGUUACCAGUUGGUCAUACGACAAGAAGAAAAUGGGCGAUCUGAAACUGCUCCCGGAAAGGUUUCACAAGAAGAACUUGAAGAACAUGUGGGAUGUAGAGGCCACUUGUUUAUGCCUGACGCAGUGCGGGAACUUUGUCAUUGUCGGCUACAAUACGGGACAUGUGGAUAGGUUCAACAUUCAAUCUGGCAUCUGGAGGGGCACAUACGGCGAUCCCAAAGCCCACGAGAGUUCUAUAAGAGGUGUCGCUACCGAUGGACUAAAUCAGGUCACCAUUACAGGAGGGAGUGACGGAUUGCUAAAGUUCUGGCGCUUCAAAACCAAAAAAGACGAAUUGCUGUCUCAGUUAAACGUAGAGGAGUCAGUGAGCUUUUUGCGCAGCCACAGCGAAAAUGCGAUGUUAGCAGUUGGUCUUGACGACUUCACGAUCUCAGUUGUAGACAUAGACACUCAGAGAGUGGUGAGGAAAUUCGCUGGCCAUACGGGGCAAUUGACGGACGCCACGUUUAGUCCAGAUUCUAGGUGGUUGAUCACGUCCUCAAUGGACUGCAGCAUCAGAACAUGGAACAUUCCAUCGGGGCUCUUGGUGGAUCAGUUUGCCACUGAAGCCGCUCCCAUCUCCAUUGAUAUGUCUCCUACCGGAGAAACGCUCGCCACUGCCCAUGUGGAUUAUCUGGGAAUUUUCCUGUGGUCCAACAAAACGCUCUUCCAAAAAAUUGCCCUAAAGGCAUUGUCACCCGAGGAGGAACCCCCGCUGAUUGAAUUCCCCGAGAUCCAGACGGAGUACAAAGAGGAAUGCCUGGACGUUCCAGAAACCGAUGACACCGAGUUCAUAUCCCCAGACCAGAUCAGCAAAGAUUUAAUAACCCUGUCUGGCCUGGCUUCAUCCAGGUGGCAGAAUCUGUUGAAUAUUGACUUGGUGAAGCAAAGAAACAAGCCAAAGGCGCCUCCCAAGGUUCCCAAAGCGGCGCCCUUCUUCCUCCCAACGGUUUCCACAUUAUCGACCUUUGAAUUCGACUUGAAAAACGCGCUGCCCACUGAAGAGGGCGAGAGCAAGAUGUUGUUCCCUCAGGACUUUACCAAUUUUUCGGCCUUCGGAAGGAAACUGGAUGCGACGAGAGGCUCCAACGAUUUCAGCGAAUGCAUGGCCCAUCUGAAGACUCUGGGCCCGUCCAUGGUGGAUUUCGAAAUCAAGUCGCUUGCUCCUGAAGGUGGAGGCUCUGUCGACUUGAUGCUGCAGUUUAUGAAGAUGAUCGCGGAGGUUUUAAAGUCAAACAGAGACUUUGAGUUGGCGGAGGCCUAUAUGAGCGUUUUGCUGAAGUCGCACGGGUCGUUCAUCGCCCAAACCGAAGUCCUCGGCAACUUUUUGCUUGAGCUGAAGAACAGACAUAUGGCCGCCUGGGUUCCGUUGCAAGAAGACCUAAUGUAUACUAUCUGUGUAUUGAAGCAUUGGACGAACGUGUGAUUAAAAGUAUAUUUUUGUCUA